GAUUAGUCCAUCGUUUUCAUGGAAAUUCUGUGUAUACUACAUAAGUCAAAGAGGUUAUGUUUAUUCACGUUUACUAUUAUUUAUUGUAAAAUUACUUGAAUAAUGGCAAUGGCAGGGGCAGGACCAAGUAAACAAGCAUUACGGUAUUUUCUUGGAACGUGUAUGCCAUCUGUUAAACAAAAUGCUGUCAAAAUACGUGUGCAACGUCUUGAUUUAGAUAAACAUCUUUUGAUGUAUUUCAAAGAGUAUAAUUUCAUCUAUGCCCAUGAUCCAGAUAGGAAGUGUAACAUAGGAGAUAUUGUUUUGAUACAAAUGUUACCUGAGAAGUUAACACGUCUUAUUACCCAUAAAGUUGUAGAUGUUAUUUAUCCAUUAGGUGAUAUUACAGAUCCUAUAACUGGUAAAAAAGUUGUUGUUAGCAAGUAUAGGGAUAAUAUAAAGGAGACUAAUCAAUUAUUUGGUGAAUCCAAAAAUGCUUUUGAUUACGAUAAAGCACCUGCUAGAGGAAUCACAAAAGAUAAAAGAGAUUUUACGUAUCAAGAGACAUAUGUUAAAUACCAAGAAGAUCCAAAUGAUCCUCAACCAUAUGCAGUAUAAUGUACUUAUGUAUUUAAACGUAUAAAUAGAUUUUAAUGGCAAUUUGUGUAAUGGAAAAAUUACUUUAUGUUCCAUGCGUUUAGUUUUAAAAAUACUUUUCGUUAUUUAAUAUGACACCUUCUUCACAAAAUUAUGUAUUAUGCUAAGAAGCCAAGUAUAGUUGUUUAUUUCUCAAAUGAAUUCCUAGUGAUAUUAAUUUAAAAAGUUUCAACAAAAAUUCUUUUUUAAUAUAAAUUUUAUGAUCAUAUUGUAUAAAUACAUAACCCGUCCACUGUUUUCAAUAAUUCCAGUUAAUACAAUCGUUUAAAUAUAAAA